UAUAAAACCCCCCAAGAAACAGAACCAGAGGUCAUCACUUUCACUUCAAGUCUUCAUAAUUCAUUGGCCUCUCUGUUUCUUCCAAAUCCUCAACAUUCCUUCCAGUGCUUAUUUACGGUUAUACCCUUCUGGUAAUGAUAGGUUUCAACCACCGUGAGCCACAGAGCCAACCCUCUUCUCCAUCUCUCCGAUUUCCUCACCGCAGAUAUGUUCGCUACCGCCGAUUGAGGCACCGCGCCGAACCCCUCAAAUUCCACUCUUACCCCUCCCUGUAAACUUCUUCAUUUUCCAUUUCACAACCACUUUCCAUGGCAACCUCCAAGAACCACCGUAGCUGCCACGUCGAAACUCACCGGCGUGGGAAGUUAGCAGAGAGAUCAUCAUCUUUUUGCAGUCAAACCUCGACGUCGACGUCGUCAUCAUCAUCGGCGGCCUCCAUGCCCGCCGCAAAACUCCGGCGGCCGAAGACGGUGCCGGACCUUAAGCUACCGGCGGGGGCGGAUGUUUCGCCGAGACAACCUCCGAAGCUGCUGCUGAAGGUGACGAUGAUGAGGAGCCUGGGUCCGGUGCUGGUGGUGAUGUCGCCGGAGUCAACAGUCGGCGAUUUGGUGGCGGCGACGCUGCGACAAUACGUGAAGGAAGGUCGCCGGCCAAUCUUGCCUUCCGGCGACCCCUCUCAGUUCGACCUCCAUUAUUCUCAAUUCAGCUUAGAAAGUUUGGAUAGGAAGGAGAAGCUUAGUGACAUUGGAUCUAGAAAUUUCUUUAUGUGUCCGAGGGGUGAUGUUUCUGGGAAGGAUAGUAACGUGACGACGCCGUUUGCUGCGUCGUGUUCAAGAGAAGUGGACAAAGAUGGUGGUAGUGGUGGUGGUUGGUUGAAGUUCAUGGAUUUCUUGUCGAAAUGAUCAUCGCAAAUUAUGUAGUCAUUUGGAAUAAUUUAGAAACUUCGAUAUCAUUGUUCUUUGUGUAGAAUGAAUGGAACAAUGAAAUGAAUGGUUUGUGAUAUAAGGUCGGUAAGAACUAGGUGUAGAAUUAAUAGAUUUUUGGGGCAUGGCAAAGCAAAAUGCUGCAAAUUUGCUAGCUCCUAAUGAUUUAUUGUGAUUCUCAAUCAAACUAAUCUUGAAGCGAUGUAUGGUUCAAUUAUCUUUUCA